UUACACACGGAGGAGAGAGAAAGAAAGAACCCGAAACCAGAGAGACAAAAAGAAGUGGAGAGAGAAGGGUUGACAGGAAAUAUAGCGAACAGGUGAUGGAACCUUUUCUCUCCUGACUUAUACCAUUUCCCAUUUUUGUGUAGAGACCUGCGAUUGCUUUGAUUUUUAGAGAGAGAGGGGAAUCACUGCUUUUUGGUGUGAUUGAUUUGAUGGAGGUGUGAGCCCUAGUUUUGAAUCUUUUGAUCUCAGGAAGGGCUCCUCUGCUCACCACUGGAAGCCCUGGUAGCAUUUCCCUUCCAUCCAAUACUCCAUAGAGAGAGAGAAAGAGAGAGGUUUUUGCUAUUGAUUCCGAGCUGAGAUGGAAUUCUGAGACCUAGUUUUCCACAGAGUGCGAGGAGUCAUUUGUGAUUGAUUCUGAGCUGGUGUGGAAUCCGAGCCCUAGUAGAGAGAGAGAGAGGGGGAAGAAUCAUCUGCUGGGGUGUAGGAGAGGUGUCAUUUGUGAAGAUACGGAGAGAGAAGAAUCCCUGCAAUUGCUUCCAAGCCCUGAUGAGACCCUGAACCCUAAUUCUCCAUAGACAGGGAAAGUAUGGCGGUAUCCUGGGUCUUCAACGUCCUUCUGUUUGGUGCCCUCCUCAUCCUCUCCUCUGGAACCCCUAUCACCCUUUCUCUCUCCUCAGCCAAGCCGGCCUUCACCGCCCUCUCCUCCCAAUACUCCAUAAUCUCUCUCUCCCCCACCCUUUCUCCUUCAUCUUCCCCUUCUAAUUCCCCUUCCCCAUCUCCAUCUCCAUCUCCAUCUCCAUCUCCAUCUCCCUCCAAUACCUGUGAGAUUGACCUUGAAGGCUCGGGCUCCCUCGACACUCUCUGCCGCCUCAACACCUCUCUAUCUCUAAAUGGCGAUCUCUCCAUUGUCGGCUCCGGUAGCCUUGAACUCCUCCCUGGAGUUUCUAUCUCUUGCCUGAUUUCAGGUUGCACAAUUAGCAUCAACAUUUCAGGAGACUUCACACUAUUCGAAAAUUCGUCUGUCACAGCUGGUACAAUCAUAGUAUCAGCUGAUUCUGUGGCCCUAGCGCUGGGCUCGGGCCUGAACACUACAGGCCUGGGGGGUCAACCACCACCUCAGACGAGCGGUACCCCAUUGGGGAUCGAUGGGGCAGGUGGAGGCCAUGGGGGGAGGGGGGCAUGUUGUUUGAAUGAGGGGGAGGGAAAGCUUCCUGAUGAUGUCUGGGGUGGUGAUGCAUAUGCUUGGUCAUCGUUAUCGCACCCGUGGAGUUAUGGGAGUAAGGGAGGGUCGAGGAGUAGUGAGGAGGAUUGUGGGGGAGGUGGCGGGGGGAGGGUGGCUCUGGAGGCAGUCAAGCUGUUGGAUGUGAAUGGGAGUGUUGCGACGGACGGGGGUGAUGGGGGGAUGAAAGGGGGUGGGGGCUCGGGAGGAAGCAUAAUGAUCAAAUCGGACAAAAUGAAGGGAAGUGGAAAGAUAAGUGCCUCUGGUGGUAAUGGUUGGGCAGGAGGAGGUGGUGGAAGAGUUGCUAUACAUGUUUACAGCAGGCAUGAUGACCCCGAAAUUUUGGUUCAUGGAGGAAUGAGCCGUGGAUGUCCAGAAAAUGCGGGUGCUGCGGGGACUCUUUAUGAUUGUCUUCCUCGAACUCUCUUUGUUAGCAAUAAUAACAUGACAACUCAGACUGACACUCUUCUGUUGGAUUUUCCUAAUCAGCCCUUAUGGACUAAUGUCUAUGUCAAAAACCUUGCCAAAGUGGUUGUUCCACUGCUUUGGAGCCGUGUGCAGGUCCAGGGACAACUAAGUUUACUACAUGGCGGAAGUCUCAGCUUUGGACUGACUCACUAUCCUUUUUCAGAGUUUGAGCUUAUGGCUGAAGAACUUCUUAUGAGUGAUUCAGUAAUUAAGGUGUAUGGUGCUCUGCGUAUGUCUGUGAAGAUGCUUUUGAUGUGGAACUCUAAGAUGCUUAUCGAUGGAGGGGGAGAUUCCAUUGUUGCAACAUCUUUGCUGGAGGCUAGUAAUCUAGUGGUUCUCAGGGAGUCAUCAAUCAUACAUUCUAAUUCAAAUUUGGGAGUGCAUGGCCAAGGUCUGCUUAAUUUGUCGGGACCAGGAGAUCGGAUUGAGGCCCAACGCCUUAUCCUUUCAUUAUUUUAUAAUAUUCAUGUUGGACCUGGAUCUGUUUUAAGAGGUCCGCUGAAAAAUGCAACAACAGAUGAUGUGACACCACAUCUUUAUUGCACAAGCCAGGACUGCCCCUUCGAACUGCUUCAUCCACCUGAAGAUUGCAAUGUGAAUUCCUCGUUGUCUUUCACCCUUCAGAUAUGUCGAGUGGAGGACAUUUCUGUUGAGGGACUCAUAGAAGGAAGUGUUGUUCAUUUUCACAGAGCAAGAACUGUAGUUGUCCACUCUACUGGAAUUAUAGAUGCGUCCGGUCUAGGCUGUAAAGGUGGUGUGGGAAGAGGAAAUGUUUUGAGCAAUGGUCUUAGUGGUGGUGGGGGCCAUGGUGGUCAGGGCGGAGCUGGAUAUUAUAAUCAUAGUUAUGUUGAAGGUGGAACUGUUUAUGGAAAUCCUGCUUUGCCAUGUGAGCUUGGAAGUGGCAGUGGAAAUGAAAGCCUAGCUGGUUCAACUGCGGGUGGGGGUAUCAUAGUGAUGGGAUCCUUGGAGCAUUCUUUGUCAAGCUUGUCUGUUGGUGGAUCUCUUAGAGCAGAUGGUGAAAGUUUCCAACUGCCUGCUGGAAACCAGGACUUCGGAUUGGGGUUUGGUUUUAACGGGGGACCUGGUGGUGGGUCUGGUGGAACUAUCCUUUUGUUUUUGCGGACAUUGACACUUGGUGAAGAUGCAAUGAUUUCAAGUGUUGGUGGAUAUGGAAGUCACACAGGUGGUGGGGGUGGAGGAGGUGGAAGAGUCCACUUUGAUUGGUCUGACAUUCCCACUGGUGAUGAAUAUAUACCCCUGGCAAGCGUCAAAGGUGGAAUACGUGCAAGGGGAGGCACUGGCAAAGAUGGAGGGCUUAGAGGGAAUAAUGGAACUGUCACUGGUAAAGAAUGUCCAAGAGGGCUUUUUGGCAUAUUUUGCGAGGAAUGCCCAGCAGGAACUUUCAAAAAUGUUACUGGAUCUAAUGAAGCUCUUUGUCGUCCCUGUCCACCUGAGCAGCUACCGCAUCGUGCAAUAUAUAUCAAUGUUCGAGGUGGUGUCUCUGGACCUCCUUGUCCCUAUAAAUGCAUAUCAGAGAGAUAUCACAUGCCUCAUUGUUACACACCUCUUGAAGAGUUAAUUUAUACAUUUGGUGGCCCAUGGUUAUUUGGUCUCCUUCUCUCUGGCCUUCUUGUCCUUUUGGCACUUGUGCUCAGCGUUGCUCGCAUGAAGUUUGUGGGGACUGAUGACUUACCCGGACCUGCCCCAACUCAACAUGGGUCUCAAAUUGACCAUUCAUUUCCUUUUUUGGAAUCUCUGAAUGAGGUGCUUGAAACAAACAGAGCUGAGGAAUCCCAGAGUCAUGUGCAUAGGAUGUAUUUUAUGGGUCCGAACACAUUUAGGGAGCCAUGGCAUUUGCCCCAUUCACCUCCAGAACAAAUAAUGGAGAUUGUAUACGAGGAUGCAUUUAACAGAUUUGUCGAUGAGAUUAAUGUCUUGGAUGCUUACCAAUGGUGGGAAGGUUCCGUAUACAGCAUUCUUUCAGUUCUUGCAUAUCCCUUUGCUUGGUCCUGGCAGCAAUGGCGUCGUCGGAAAAAGUUACAGCGACUUCGUGAAUUUGUUCGAUCCGAAUAUGAUCAUGCAUGCCUGCGAUCCUGCCGUUCACGUGCCCUUUAUGAAGGGCUUAAGGUUGCUGCUUCACCAGAUUUGAUGCUAGGAUAUAUUGAUUUUUUUCUCGGGGGAGAUGAAAAACGUCCUGAUCUACCUCCUCGGCUUCACCAAAGAUUUCCCAUGUGUUUAGUAUUUGGAGGUGAUGGAAGUUACAUGACUCCUUUCUCUCUUCACAGUGAUAAUGUCCUCACCAGCCUAAUGAGCCAGUCAGUUCCACCUACCAUAUGGUACCGACUUGUAGCGGGACUCAAUGCGCAAUUACGCCUUGUUCGCCGUGGUCAUUUGAGAGUAACAUUAGUGCCUAUUCUCAGCUGGCUUCAGACUCAUGCAAAUCCUGCUUUGAGCAUGCAUGGGGUGGGGGUCGUCCUUGCGCAGUUUCAGCCCACUGCAUUUGGUUACUGCCAGUUAGGCCUUGUUGUGUACGCUGUUGAUGAAGAAUCUCCACUUGCCUCUGUUGAUGGAAUGGGUGAAGCCUUGCAAUAUGAUCAUUCACGAGCAUUUAAUGCUGAUGGGGACAGUCAGAUUGGACUUUUGCGGAGUAAAGAAAACGUUUUGGUGCGUAACAGAAUUUCUGGAGUUGUUUUAGAUACUUACAGUUUGCGAAUGCUCGAGGAGAAGAAAGAUAUAUUUUAUCCCUUCUCCCUUAUUGUGCAUAACACAAGACCUAUUGGACAUCAGGAUCUUGUGGGGUUGGUCAUCUCAAUGAUAUUGUUGGGAGACUUUAGUUUAGUUCUACUCACUUUGCUUCAGUUGUAUUCUAUCUCACUUUGGGACUUCUUUUUAGUUUUGUCCAUCCUUCCUUUAGGAAUACUUUCUCCUUUUCCUGCUGGAAUUAAUGCUCUGUUCAGCCAUGGUCCAAGGAGAUCAGCAGGUCUUGCACGGGUGUAUGCCUUGUGGAACAUUACCUCUCUGACUAAUGUGGUUGUGGCCUUCAUAUGUGGAUUUGUCCAUUAUAAGACCCAGUCUAGCAAAAAACACCCAAAUUUCCAGCCUUGGAACUUCAGCAUGUAUGGGGAUGAAAGUGGGUGGUGGUUGUUUCCAACUGUGCUUCUUGUGUGUAAAUGUGUCCAAGCAAGAUUGAUCGAUUGGCAUGUUGCUAAUCUUGAAAUCCAAGACCGAUCGUUGUAUAGUAAUGACCCCAACAAGUUCUGGCAGUCCUGAUAUUCUUUUGACAAGUAUGAAGUUUUGUUUGUUAGAUUUACACGCCUAGAGGAGAGGGCAACUUGAGGGAGAGAGAGAGAGACAGUGUUAUUAGCUUUUGUUUUGUACACAAUUCAUUUUGUAACCAGAAAGAAUAGGAGAGUGUUUCAGUGGUUGAGAGUUUUGUUCCUCCCGGUAGAGAAAGGGUUCAUGCGGAAAUGCUCCUCUGUUUCUGAGUAUAUAGUGAUACAUAAUUUUUUUUUUUUUCCCUUUUACUUUUGUCUCGAUGAUCAUUGUGCAGCAACUACAUGCUCCCUUAUUUGAAUGUAAAUAUCAGGUGGACUCUGAUUCUUUGCCAGAACAGGCAGAAACGAUAACAUGUCCCAUGUAUUUUUUUCUGAUGGGUUGGUUAAUGAAUAGAACUUGCUGGCUUUGUCUAA